GCUGCAUGAAUGGUGUAGGUGCACGAAUGCUAAAUAAUUUUGAUCCUUUGUUGAAGCACUUUGCUCUUGUUUUCUCUUUUUGAAGGAGGUUUGGUUAUCUCAUUUGUGAUUAAUAGUCUCUGUCCUCUCAUGAUGGCUGAAGUGACAAUCGAUGCCCAAGUGAACAUAGAGACAGAUGAAGAAAAUGAUUGUCAGUUGCGAAGAUCUUCAUAUAGAGACACUGAUUGUCAAAAUCGUGUACCAAAAUGGGGAUCCCGUUACCGUAGUCCCUUGUCGCCUGGAUCAUGCCAUGACUUGUGCAAACAUGGGGUCAAGAGUGAUCCUGAGACGCUGGAUAGAAGGUCCUUGGUGAGAAGAAAUUCACUAGAUUCUCCAAAGAAAUCACCCAGAACUCGAGAGGUUAUAAAGAAAGAAUUACCAGAAUCCCCUAGGAAAGUAAGUAGCUCCUUAAGACGACAGGCCUCGUCACCAAGUAUGAUAAAAUACGCUUCUGAAAAGCAGGAGAGGGUCUCGAAGCCCAAAACACCCCCUCUGGCUGCAACAAGACAGUUACACAGAAGAAACAGUGAUAUAAUUAUAACAAAAAAUUCAGCUGGAGGUUCGAGUGGACAAACAAACCGUGAGACGAAAGUGAACAAAGAAACGGAGAACUCCAAAAUAGAAAAGACGAAAAUCUCGGCGAGAGAUAGGUUUUCCUUAUCUUCCAUGUCAUCUGCAAAGAGGUUUAUAAGCGCACAGUCUGAGAACGUCAAGAAAAUGACAAAGGUGCCAUCUACCUUAAAAAAUCGAAAGCAAAUAAAAGUAAAUGGUAAGUGCCCUCCGAGUAAACAUGUUAUAGAGAAGACACCGUAUGUCAUUAGACCGAAGGCUGGAAACCAAGCUGCAGGAUUGGCCAAAAGAGGCAGUUUCACUUCAUUGCAAUCUUCUCCGGAAAAAGGAUUGUCUUCAUUAAAGUCACAGACAUCAGCCUCAUCAUCACCUGAGGCAAUGCAAAGUGAUAGUAGUGCAUUUGACAUUGAUAAUUCUGAAAGUGAGUACUCGGUAAGUGAUCUGGAAGUGGAAGAUACGAGGAUUCCUAGUUUUCAAGUCCGUAGAUUGGAAGAUGAAGACUGGCCAUCAUCGCAGAAGCUCAAAUUCAGGCGUGGAAAGGUGAUUGAUCUCAAACUUGAAGACUUCAGCCAGAAGCUCCGAUUCAGGCGUGGAAAUGUAGUUGAUGUCCAACCUGAAGACUUAAGUCCAAGUGUACUUAAAUUCAGGCAUCAAGAAGCAUUGGAAGAGAACCAAAAUUCAGAUAACGAAGGCAUAAGCUUGACGAAAAUAUCAAGUGAUGAGGUCUUAUAUGAAACUAAUGCAGAAACAGAGAAAGUUACUCUUAAACACCAAGAUGCGGAAACAAAGGGAGAGACUUGGGGUUUCAUUGAUGAUGCAAUUGAAGAGACUGCAAACAGGCUUGCUCAGAGCAGGAAGAGUAAGGUCAAAGCUUUGGUGGGUGCUUUUGAGGCUGUAUUAGGUCGCCAGGAUAGUCCGAGGAGAUGACUCGCUCAUGAUGCAAAAUUUCGGAUUCAUAUCUUUAGCAUAUAGCUGUUGGUCAUUAAAUAUUCUAUCACCUGGAAAAGAGGGAAGGGUACGGGGCCUGGGCGUACAUGUCUUUUGUCGAAGUAUCUUGCCAUAGAGGAUGAAAGGGAAAUACAAAAUUGAAGGUUUAAAGCUUGCAUGGAUUAAAUUGACAAGCCUCUGAGAAAUGAAAUUUGAGGAAACCUGAUUAUUGGUACUGCUAGUGUCACUAUGAAGGGAGGACUUGAGCGGUUAUGGAACUGAUGAAAUAUAAAUGAAGAGAACUGGGACUGAAUGGAGACAAUUGAUUGGUGUCACCAGCCACAAAGAUACGGUGUGCUCUUACUUUUGUUUAUGCUUAUUGAAUAUCUUAUGCUGUAUUAUGUGGCAAGACAUUAAGCACGAUGUAUAACAUGUUCGCGAAGCAUGUAAGGUUUGAUUCAUAUAUAAAAUGACAUUUACAUGU